CAUCUAAUCUGCAUAGAUUCCAGGGAUCCAUUGCUUGGACAGAGUGACUCUCUUGCAGCUUUGCCCACUGCAGGACACCUCUCAGGCAGUUCUCCAUCAGCAGCAGCACCCACCCAGCUGCCCCAGCCGCAUCCUCAGUCUGCAGAGGAGUUCCACUUGGUAGACCAGACUGGGUGGCCUCUCUAUGAGCUGCAGCCUGUAGGAGGGCCCAGUGCACCAGUGAUGAUUGUUGCCAGCCAGUCAGAAAAUGGGCAGGUGCUGCAUGUCAUUCCUUCUGCCCAGCCAGGAGUGGCCCAAAUGAUUAUUCCUCAAGGUCAGCUUCUGGAUGUGACCAGCUCACAGGAUGUUUCGGAAGAGAAGUGUGUUGAUGGGAACUUGCAGACUGUGGCAGUGGCUGCUAUAGCAGACAGUGCAAGCAGUUACAUUCUGCAUCCACAGGCAUCUCUCACCAUAUCGAAAAAAACAACCACCAGGGUAACAGAAGAUCACUUUCCCAUCCCUCCAUUGCCACCAAAUACACCUGCUUGGGCACGCUGUCUCAGGAACUGUGAGAAAAUUGGGGACUCGUACCGUGGCUAUUGUGUGAGCGAGACAGAAUUAGAGAGCGUUCUAACCCUGCACAAGCAGCAAACACAAAGUGUGUGGGGGACACGGCAGUCUCCAAGCCUAGCCAAACCUGCCACACGGUUGAUGUGGAAGUCUCAGUAUGUCCCAUAUGAUGGUAUCCCCUUUGUCAAUGCAGGAAGCAGAGCCAUUGUAAUGGAGUGCCAAUAUGGGCCAAGGAGGAAAGGGUUCCACUCCAAAAAAGCUGCUGAACAAGAUAACUCCUCUGGCCGUCUCUACAAAGCCACUUGUCCAGCAAGGAUUUAUAUUAAAAAGGUUCAAAAGUUUCUGGAAUACAGGGUUCCUACUGACCCUAAAAUUGACAAGAAAAUCAUAAGAAUGGAGCAGGAGAAAGCAUUCAACAUGCUGAAGAAGAACUUGAUAGAUGCUGGAGGUGUCCUCAGGUGGUAUGUACAGUUACCCACUCAGAAAGCCCACCAAUAUCAUGAAAUGAAAACUUCCUGCCUCCCUUCUUCACCCUCCCAUUUUUCUGUGUCUCCUCCUGAGGAGGAGGAAGUUGUUAGAGGUGAGAACUGUGCUCUGCCUUCCCGACUCCAUCCUCAAGUGGCAGAAAAGAUCCGGGAAUUGGUGUCUCAAGGAAUAGAGCAGGUCUAUGCAGUAAGGAAGCAACUAAGAAAGUAUGUGGAAAGAGAAUUAUUCAAGCCUGAUGAAGUGCCAGAAAGACAUAACCUGUCCUUCUUCCCCACUGUGAAUGACAUCAAGAACCACAUUCAUGAAGUACAGAAGUCCCUGAGGAAUGGUGAGAUGGUGUACAACUCAGAAAGUAUUCCAGCAACGCUGCAGUGGACCACAGACAGUGAGAAUGUUCUCACAGAAACAGUGACUGUUACAUUUGCCUCACCACCUUCAGAUGGAAGCUCAGCAGGGAGGUCAGCUAUCACCAAAGCAGAAUCCAGCCAGAGUGGGGAGUCCUUGCUACCAGAAACAGCUCAGCUGUUUUCUUCACUGUCUUCACUUCAGCCCAAGAUAUUUGCACAACUUCAGGGAUUACAGCUUCAGUCAACUUUUACCUCCACAAAUGGAUCAACAGCCCUUAUUGUAAAUAGCAGUUCCCCUCCCAGCCCUGCAAGUCUGGAUUCCCUAAGGAGUGCAAUAACCAACCAUUCCCUAAUACUUAGUCGGGGACACAGUUUACAAGCAAGUGCUGGCCUAACACAGCAUAGUGCUGCUGCCUCUGCUUCUGGGACUCCACCUGGCUCUGCUCAGAGUCUGGUCACCAUGGGCCAGCUGGUAACAGUUGGAGGGGUAGAUGACUGCAGAAGCUUAGAAGAAGGAGUCCAUCAGAUUUUCUUGGGAGAUGCACAGACUAUUCCAGUACAGAUUGUGAACAGCCAUACAGAACUCACUGAAGAAAAUACAGAGGGUGUUAUCUGUGUGAGCCAAGUUAAACAAGAGCCAAGCGAAAAAUCAUUGUGUGCGGAGCCAGAUAAAAUGAGUGAUUGCCAUAGUUCCUCACCUGUUUAAAUCUGUGAAGCCUGGAAGGAUUAUUUCAAAAUGGAGAACUCAAAAUGUCUUGGAAGGAAAGGCUGGUGCUCUCAAAGUAAUGCCAUUCUUUUAAAAUCCUUUUGUGACAUUCAGACUAGAUAUAUUUCACACUAGUUCUGACAGACAGCUGUUUUGAUUUAUGACUGUUAUGGCUUUUUGACAAUUCAUUUGCCUUGUGGAAUACCACCUCUCUCUUCUAGUUCAAGUUUUGAGUAAUUUGGAUGCUAUCCAAAUGGCCUGUUUGGGUCAACAUUUCUGAAGGUCUUCCACAUUUUAAUUCCUUAGCUUUAGAAUAUGGAUCACAACGCUGGGUUUAUUUUUUCCUUUGAGACCCUCAACUGUUCUGGCACUACAGAAACCACAGAAUCUGCCAUCUUCAGCACCACAGAAUCCAGCAGUGAAGUGUAUCAAUGCAGAUUUGUGACAAAAUGAAGGUCCAAGAUGCUAAAUUUCAAAGUGAAGGACAUGGAUGCUUAAGAAAAUGCAACUUUGACCUGAUCAUAAUGUUAAUAGUGUGAAGAUCAAGGAGAGGAGAAAGGUCAGAAGUUACCCAGCAGGUCUACCCAACCAGCAGCAACUGAGCUGUUCUUUCUACGUGCCCCAUCAAGAAGUUGUACAAGCCUGCAAGGGACAUGGAGGCCAUCAAGAAGGUGUAAGAUCUUAUGAAG